GAAUCAAUUUAAUAGCAACAAACCGCUAGACGGUCUUCCGUUCUCCUUGAACACUGACCGCAGCACUCCUUCUUGAAGCUCGUUAUGAUCGUAUCACGCAUCAUAGAUCUUUUUCUAUCUCUAUGCAUAUGCCUCAAGUCGGAUUCCAUAAGACGGCACAAUGCCUGCCAGCAGCUCGACUCUUUGGCACAUUGGUUGCUCGCAUUGGCAAGUAUGUGGCAACACUACGUCAAGUCUCCACCUCGCCUUAUGCUCCGUCUCUUGUCUUAUUUUCGGUUAGAUUGCAAGCCCGCUCUCCUGUGUCUGAAACUUGGAUAUCACUACGUCAAGAUCAUCUCGUACUCAAGCUUACGCGUUCCGGUAUCGGGGUUCAUAACCGCAAUAACUAUACUGUAUCUCUUCAUCUUCUCAACACCCAUCCUAAGCCCUCCACGUCCGGACCUAUAGGACACCUGCCAGUCACAACCUUACCUCAUUACUCAACCGGGUUGCUAGCGUUCUUAUCAGUCACGUCCUUGUCCUGCCCUCCCAAUGCACUGGAUCUACACAUGCAUAUAUCACCUUUUGGUCACCUUUACCCGUAUAUCUGGCCUUGUGACUCUCGACUAGCCGCCAGCAUCUCAACAUACUCGGAUAUGACUGGCCAGGUGCUAUUGAAGAGCCUAAAGACGAGUAUCACCCUUAGAUUGUUCUGUUUUCCUCCUUCUGGCGACUGUUCUGAUACUUUCGAAGAGGCGAAUUUGCAAAACUACGGAGCUAUGCAUGAUUAACGACGAGCUUUGGUCUAUGUCCAGACAGUAAUCGGUACCGUUAUGAUGGUCCAGUAGUUCGUCAGAAGCUCAUACACUCGAGUUCGAAAUUG